AUGUGGAGUGCAAAUGAUGUCAGCAGUGGGGCCUUCACUAUCCUAAAGGCCGGCUUGCAGACGGACAGCUACUUAGCAUUCCCGUGCGACAUUUUGUUUGGCACUCGCAAGGAUCUCUCGGAUCCUGAGAGCCCGCACAGGGCGCAAAAUGUCAGCGAGUCUGACCGCCCGGAUGCCCAGGAGUGCCUGCGGGAUGCAUGGUUGUCGGAGCCAGCAAGACCCAAGUCAUCGCAGGAUUCCGCCCAGCCUGUGGCACGCGCUGUUCUAGUACAUCAUGUGCGAGGACGAGCACAGCCGGUGCAAAGCCAGCAAAGGACGAUGGCACACAAUGCGGCCAUUGGAAAUGUCCAACAGCUUCUGCAUCGAUCGCAUGCACAGGGCGAGGCCCACCCGGCCAGUCGACGGGGCAAGCGCAUGGCCUCGGACGACCUUCCGUUGGGAAGCUCAGAGUUGUGA